AUGCCGCCCAAGCGCGCGAGAAAGGCACCGCCGUCGGCGCUCGCCAACCGCAACUCCAAGGGCGACAAGAAGUCAGACAAGGCAGCUUCAGCAACGCAGGCUUCGCUCGCCGACGAGCUCUCUGCGACCCACCUCGAUGCGCCGCACGACGGAUACGAGUCGAGCACACACACCGACAACGACGACUUCGAGGACGCUGCCGAUGGAUCGCCCGCUGAUGGCAUCACGCCGUCCUCGAGUGCAGACCCUACAGACGACGCGACUCUGGACAAGCAGGACGACGCAAAGACGAGUGACGCUGCAGCAAAGGACCCAUCAAUCGAGACCACAGCAGACGACCCAGCGGCGAGACGUCCCUCGUUAGCUGCCGAUACACGAGAGGCCCAAGUGCUCACACCCAAACCCACCGAGGAUGGCUUCCCCGGGCUGUCUGACCCGACGUCGGCACUGAAAGAGAACGCCGACGAUGGCAUCCCAGCCAGCUCUUCCGUUGCCACCCUGAAUGCUACAUCCUCGAACGACAACUCCUUCAGCAACGAUGUCCCUCUCAGCUCAGCCGAGAUCCGCGACAGUCAAUCAGCAUCCGACUCGCUCAUCUUGGAUGAAGAGAAAGCCAAGUUGACGCUGCCAGACCAUGUCGAGAAGGUCCCACCUUCCGUCGGUGCAACCUCCCUCCUCGAGCCGGACGAAACCAUCUCGAACCCCUUUGCCUCCACCGAUGAAUCCGCAUCGCAGCCCGUGCGCUACUCGCAGACCGACACCUCCAAGCCUGUCGCAGCCCACGCUCCGGACACACCAGGCGUGAGCUCGACGCACUUCUCCAACGUCAGUCUGGGCGGCGCCUCUCCUGCCGUUGGCGGGGACGGAGCCGGCUGGACCUCCUCCAACCGCCGCGACUCGCGGCGAGACACCAUCACCACCACCACCAACCGCUCCGUCGACUCGGAACCCGUCCGCAAUGGUGCCGGCAACUACGACUUCCUCCUCGCACGUCUCGAGACGCAGCACAAGCGACUCAGUGGCGAUCCCAAGCAGAUGCGCGCCAGCUUGGAUGGUGCGAUCAAGCUCAAGGAGCAUUUCGACAAGCUUCGCGAUGGACAGCGGUUGUCCCACACAGAACAAGUCGAUCCUCCCCAACCCACCUCUGUGGUCGCUGCAAGGGACGAAGUGGAGCCGACGUCGACGGAUACCGCCUACACGGGCCCUCCCGCGUCGGAUACGGCGGAAGACCAGAUCGACUGGGAAUUCUGGGGCGAUGUCAUGUCCAACUACCAAUCCGUCGCUCGCACCUCGCCUCGUCAGCUCAGUCGCGCCAUUCAAGCUGGCAUCCCCCCCGCCCUAAGGGGGAUGAUGUGGCAGCUCAUGAGCAGCAGCAAAAACGAAGAGAUGGAAAUCAUCUACGCCUACUACCUCAAACAGUCCUCGCCGCACGAGAAGGCCAUUCGUCGCGAUCUCAACCGCACCUUUCCCGAACAGGACUAUUUUCAAGACGGAAAGGGUGUCGGACAGGAAAACCUGUACAAUGUCAUCAAGGCGUAUAGUCUCUAUGAUCCCGAGGUGGGGUAUUGUCAGGGGAUGCAGUUUGUUGUUGGACCACUGUUGUUGAAUAUGCCGGACGAAGAGGCGUUUUCCACCUUUGUCAGGUUGAUGAAGAGCUACGAUCUUCGGGGGCAUUUCACGCCGAACAUGCCAGCGUUGCAAUUGCGGCUGUUCCAAUUCGAUCGGUUGCUCGAGGACUUCUUACCGUUGCUGCAUAGGCAUUUGGUGCGACAGGGCGUCAAAAGCAGCAUGUAUGCGAGUCAGUGGUUUAUGACGCUCUUCUCGUACCGCUUCCCUCUGGAUUUCGUCUAUCGGAUUUUGGAUUCGGUGUUCGCCGAGGGGGUGGAGGCGUUGUUUCGGUUUGCGGUGGCGUUGAUGAAACGGAACGAGGAGGUGUUGUUGGAGAUGCCGUUUGAUCGGGUGGUGACGUUUCUCAAGAUGGAGUUGUUCGAGUGUUAUCGUCGUUCUUCUCCCUCUGCCGAGAAUGUGGUUGCGAGUGGACCGGUGGGAGCGUCGUCGACCAUCAGCUCGGUCUAUCACACAAACGCCUUUGUUCGCGACGCAUUCAACAUCUCCAUCACGCCGUUUCAACUCGACACCUACGCAAGCGAGUUCGAUACCCAAGUUCGGGCGGCCAACGCGCAUCGGAGGGAAACGGAAGCAUUGCGUUUGGUCAACCGCAACCUCGCCGCCCGCGUCAAAGCCCUCGAGGACCAACUCAACAGCGUCAACGCCGAACACGUCGAGAUGGUCAAGGACGUCGUCAUGGCCAAGAUCGCCAAAGAGGAGAUGGCAGAGGAGCUGGUGAGGUACAAAAUGAUGUAUGCCGAGGCGGUGUUGAGCGCCGAACAGGAGAGCGGCAACAAUCGGAGCAGCGCCAGAGGCUUGGCGAGGGCUCAGGAGGCUGCGCUGCGCGAUAGCGCCGGCAGUGGAAGCGUGUAG